CCCACUACACACUCUUUAUAUACCCUAAAUAUUGGUGGACCAUAUUUAUCAUUUUAUUAGUAGUCGCGGUAUAUUAAAAUAUGUAGUUUCACAUAUUUAUACAAAUACGUAAGUUGAAAACAAACAAAAAUACCCAACAAGACAUUGACUUCUGAGGAGUGAAAUGAAGUUUGAAAACCUAUUGAACUGGCAUAAUACUCUUAAGUUAUCUUAAAAAUUCAAGAAAAAUAAUAUUAAGAAUUUUGUAGUUAUGGUCCGACAUGGCGACGUUACCACCGCGCAAAAAUCCGACUCCCACAAAAAUUUCAAAGGAACACCUGACUCCACUGCAAAUUCUUUUGCAAAUGGGAUUUCCAAAACACAGAGCAGAGAAAGCUUUGGCUGCAACAGGACAUCGCAGUGUGCAACUUGCAUCAGACUGGUUGUUGGCACAUGUCAGAGAUUCGACACUUGAUUCAACUGAUCCAAGAGAAUAUGUUCUUUAUUUAUGUCCUACUGGACUACUAAGUGAGCAGUUACAAAGAUUUUGGGCCAAAAGUAAAGAAUUGGAGUGGAAUGGAGUACAUAAUUUUAUGCCCCACAUUACACUGGUCUCAUCUUUCAAAGCUGCAGAUGAAUAUGCUAAGCAACUAGCCACUAUGUUAGAAAAUUUAAUUGCUAGAGAUGAUUGUCCAGAGUCUAUUGGCCUAGAAACUUACAUUUCUCCUAACUUCAUGGGUUUGUUUGUGAGAGAAGAACAAGCUGAAUGGCUGAAAUCUCUGGCUGUUAAAUAUGUAAAUAAGUUAUCAGAAUUGGAACUCAAUGCUGAACCUAACAUGAAAUCUAUGCAUUUAACUCUGGCUUAUCAAUUUUCUGAUGCCUUAUACGAACCAUUACGCACAAUGGUUGAGAAACUUGAGCCAAACAAGCAUGCUGAUUGGGAACUUAGGCUGUACUCCAAAGACCUGCGAUCUUGCAAUAUGAAUGUGCAUAAAGUAAUGCACAUGCAUAUUCCAAGAGAACAUGAUGAGUUAGAAUUAAGGCCGGGCGAUUACAUUUAUGUGUCAGAAGAAGCUUGUGCUAAUUCCAUAGAUGGUUGGGUAGAAGGAAUUUCUUGGUUAACAGGCACAUCUGGUUAUUUUCCUUUAAAUCACACCAAGAGAACUGCUGAUUCUGAUUCCUGGACAUUACACUCUACAGUUCAAAUUAUUGAAAGUAAAAUAGAUUUCACUGAAGAGAUGAUUCCUAAAAUAAGGAGGCUGCCAAUUGUGCUUACAAGUGAAUCUUCAGAUGUCACUGAUGGAGUUCCACCGCAAAACGAACCUAUGGAAGCAUCUGAAGCCACGACCGUCCCAUCACGUGAAAUUUUGAUUUGUCGACACGGUGAACGAGUAGAUUUUACAUUUGGUACCUGGAUUCCAUAUUGCUUCGAAACAGACGGCUGUUACGUUCGCAGAGAUCUCAAUAUGCCCGCAAAAAUCCCUCCUCGAAAUAUUCAUAACUUCCAAGAUGAUUGUCCGCUGACGACCCUAGGUGAACUGCAAGCGCUUUUGAUCGGUGAAGCGAUGAAGACGUCCAACGUACAUUUUGAUGUUGCGUUUGCUUCACCUUCUUUGAGGUGUGUUCAAACGUUGUCACAAAUCUUAAAAGGAUUUGAAUCUGAUCUAGAAAUUAAAAUUGAGCCAGGCCUUAUGGAAUGGGUUGCCUGGUAUCAAAAUGGUUUACCCACUUGGAUGACACCUGAAGAAUUAUUUGAUGCAGGGUUUAAAAUUGAUAAAACCUAUAAGCCCAUUGUUAGGGCUGAUGAGCUCCCACUGAGAGAGAAUGCAACCCAAUAUUAUGAGAGAAGUUAUGCUCUCAUUAAAAGUAUUAUAGAGAUUACCAAGGGUAAUGUCCUAAUAGUUGCUCAUGCAACUUCACUGCCAGCUUGCACAAGGCAGUUGACUGGUGGUAAAAUACCACACGUAACGGAAGUUACUCGUCUGGUACAGCAAGUACCAUACUUAGCUUGUCUAAUGGCUAGAGCAGGAGCUGAUGGUUGGACAUUACAUCCACCACCAUUUCCACCAUUAACACAUAGUAGUAACAAAAGGUUCGAUUGGAAAAUUCUACUAACCUGAUUUAAUUCUAUGCACAGUUAAUAAGCUCCAUUUUAUUAAAUGGUAUAUUCACAUAAGAUAUUUAAUGAGUGAAAGAAUUUUAACUAUUUAUUAAUAGAAAGCAAAUCUUGGAUAUGGUUGAAAAAAUCGUACUACGGGUAUUGGUAUUUUAUUCCAAUGUUUUAGAGUAUUACCACGUUCUUGUUCAUUUUUAAACUUAGAUCAAUACUUAGUAAUCAAUUUUACUCCAUUUUUCAAAUUGUGAGUAGUUGUUAGACUUUUGUUGUACUAUACAACAUCUAUUAGGUAUUAUUGUUUUCAAUUUUUUAUGCAUUUGACUGAGUCUAUUUUUCUAAAAAAUAAAACAAAGAACAUUUUAAUAGGAGGUUGACACU